AUGAAAUUUAUUUUUAUUUUGAGAUAUAUUUUCAAUCAUGCUUUUAAAUCUGUUCUUAAUAAAAUGGAAUUCAAGCUGGCAGCUUUAAUUUGUAUUAUUUCAUUAUCCGCUUGCAAAUAUGCUGACGAGAUGCACUUACCCACCUUUAAGAGCGAUUAAAACCAUUAGACAAACUCUGCUUUUCUGGAAUAAUUUCCCAUCUUCAUAAGUAAACAAAUGUUUUUUUAAAUAUACAUUAUUUUGUAUGGAAUAUUUUUAUUGUGUAUAAAAUUUUUUAUUAUAUUUUAAAAAUAUUAUCAAAAUUAAUCCCCUUCAAAAGCGAACAAAAAUCUUGCUCUGUCUUUAAGGGAUUAAAGAUAGAAGAAUCUUCUAUUACAUGUCCAUCUUAUACUUGCCAAGGAUCAGACCAGAAGUUCGGUGAUGGAACAUGCAUUUAUUAUUCAUCUGCAGCCUCAACUUAUUAUGUAUCAAGCUGUAGCUCUACUCAGACUCCUUACUGCCCUCCCUCAGUUGGACAAAAUAGCACUUGCACAUAUACACCUUCUUCGACACCUACAACUAAGUGGCCAGGCGAAAGAUGUUCAGACUCCUCUCCUUGCAGUUCCUAUGCUAUAACCGGCUGCGUCAGCGAAGUUUGCAGAGGAUCAGGUUACAACAGCCAGUGCUAUGCAAAUGACAACUGUAAUCCAGGAUAUUAUUGUGCAAAUAAUCGAUGCAUUGCACAAAUUGAAAUUGGGAAGCCUGGGUGUAUCAAUGACUAUCAAUGCGUUAAUAAUGCUGGCUGUGAUGUCUCUUCUUCUGCUUUGAGUGGGAUAUGCGUUGAAUAUUUUAGCGUCGCUGACUACUCAGAGGUAAAAAAUUGCAACGGAUACACCAAUUUGCUAUGCAAAUCGUCACUUUGUGGGAUUGAUGGCGAGAAAAAGGCAUGCAUAAGCCAACUAGCAAGCCAAAAAGAUACACCAAUGGCAUGCACAAGCAAUAAUAAUUGCACAUCUAAAAUUGAUAGCAAUUACGGGUCAAUCAUGCUAUUUUCUACAUGCAGCUGCGGGUAUAAUAGCAAAGCUGAGGCUUAUUGUGGAUUAUUCCCAGGAGAUUCAGUGUACAGCAGAUAUUUAGAGUAUGCUCGGCAAUAUGUGAAAAAUAUAGCAAUCCAAUACUGCAAUACAAAUAGAAGAUUUAAUGUCGAAUGUAUGAAAGACUGGUGGGGAAUAAAAGAAGCUUCAACCUUUAAUUAUUAUUUGGCAGCAGUUAAUUAUUAUGUUGCAGUUCAAAAUAGCGAAGAUUGCGUUUUGAAUGUGUAUAAUUCACUAUAUCAAAGCAUCAAAAAAGAAUAUGGUACUGAGUCUUUUAGCAUAUUGGGUGCGGUUUUUGGAGCUGCUUAUGUAAGUAUCUUAAUUUAA